AUGUCUGAAAUAGAUGAUGAGAUUGCAAGAACUCCACACUACUUCAUUCCGCAUCAGUAUGUUUUAAGGGCACAAAGCACAUCGACGAAGCUACGCGUUGUUUUCGACGCAUCCUGUCAGACAUCGUCUCAAAAUGCGUUGAAUGUCCUUCUAGGCUCGUCGGCCGUCGAGGAGUCCCGCAGACCGACCAUUGCGACAACGCGACGAACUUCGUCGGAGCAAGUCGCCAAUUUUAAGGAGUUGCGAAUCGAGGAACAGGCGAACGCAAUUCGCGAAUUCGCAUCAAAAAGCGGAUGCGAAUUUGCGUUCAUACCGCCAAGAGCUCCGCACUUCGGGGGUCUAUGGGAGGCAGGAGUGAAGUCUGCAAAGCACCUUCUCUUACGGACGGUAGGCAGUCUGUUGCUAACGGCCGAAGAGCUGCAAACGACUAUUGUCGCAGUGGAAGCCGUUCUCAAUUCCAGGCCCCUGGGAGCAAUAACCGAGGACCCAAUCAAUGGCGAGGCUCUAACGCCAGGCAACCUACUGGUGGGAGACCCAUUGAGGGCUCUGCCAACAGAGGGGACCCCGGACCAGCAGGGUCUCAUCUGCUUGAAUCGAUGGCGAACUGUCUCGUUGCUCAAGCAACAGUUUUGGCGGCGAUGGUCAGAGGAGUAUGUACUCGGACUCCAAGUGCGGAACAAGUGGCAACAUCGCCUGCCAAACGUCAUCACGGGAGAGCUGGUGGUCGUCGCCGAGGACAAUUUGCCGCCCCAGCUGAUCAGCAGAGUGACGGCGGUGCACGCAGGAGAAAACGGCGUCGUUAGAGUGGCAGAAAUAAGGACGGCCAGCGGCGGAAAAAUUUAA